AUGGUUCCUCAGCAAUUGCUAACAAAUUCUACAGACCCUCCUAAUUUGGAAGGUCUGUCCAACAAUACUGGUUCUCCAGCCACGAAUGGUUUCGUCCCAAAUUCUACUGGCAAAUCGUCAACCCAUCAGGCUGUCCCACUACCUAGCAACACCAUCUCUUAUGCGCAAAUCGCCAAAAACGCUGUAUCCCGCAACGGACGCAGACAUCAGUACCUUACUACCCUCAACACCUGUGCUUCUACCGCUGUUCGUCAACAGCUCAAUUCUGUUUCGACUACCGGUCAGAUACCGGUACCCUACCUUCUCCGACGUGGUACUGAAGACCAUAGCGUCUUUUUUGAUGUCUCCCCGCACCCCAUCAAGGAAGCCGAUUUUUUCACGGCUGCCCGUAACCUCGUUCCCAACUGGGACAUCGGCAUUGGCAUGAUACCACAUCGUGAGGAAGGCCGCCUUAUCUAUGAAAUGACCAUGCCCAACCAGCAAACCUGUGACUCCAUCGUCCAGCAAGGACUUCAGGUCGACGGCUAUCAUUACCCUGCUAUUUGUUCCCUGCCACUCACCAAAAAGAUCAUCAAAUUGGAGUUGGAAAGACUCCCCACCAGCUUGCCUGCGAAAGAACUUGAAGAAGGCCUUCGUGCUGCUCUCUCACCCUUUGGCUCAGUCUUACACCUUGGCCUUUACCGUGCCACUGCCGGCUGGUUCCAAGGAUACGGUUGUGCUGUUCUCGCCAACGAUGAAGGCGAUGAUAUUGCCUCUGGCUUAAGCCACCGUAUCGAAUUUGGACUUGUCGGUUCAACGAUCCGUCAUUUUUACGCGACCUGGAAAGACAUGGGUGCCUACUGCCGGUACUGCCAUGACGAUACGCACACUAUUGAUGCCUGCCCGACCCUUCCUGCCCAAGGUUGCUUCAACUGCUCACGUCGCGGCCGUAAGGCCACAGAUUGCCCGCACCCCCAUCGCGAGCAACCUCGUAAAACACCCAAAGUCUCACAUGCACAUGAUGCUGCAUCUAACCCUCGUCCCACGAAUUCCAAGCAGUCAGCGCAGACGCAAACUCGUAAAAUGCCCUCGACCCCUGCAUCUUCUGCAGCAACCUCACCCACUGCUGCCCCAUCAACAAGCCCAAAGAACUUCAUCCGUCUUCCGGUUGCAGCCUUACAACCAUUGUCUUCAGUAGAGCAAACCCCCUCAACUUCGCAAUCCACCUCUGAACUUAGCCAUUCUGAAGCUGAUGCAUCUGAUAUGGCAACCCCACUACAGCGUGAGACCAAGGCUUUACCCAUUGACAUGAAACGCGCCGGCGAACACUUGAUCGACGCUGCCGAUCCCCACCAUACUGGACGUGUAACUCGGUCGAAAGCCAAGAAAAAUACCAACCAAACCGCCUCAGUUACCACAGCCGACUUCCAAAAGUCGACGCCCACCGUAAAUCAUCAAGCCCCCACUUCAACCCCCUCUCCUGACGAUAUAGACAGGAUGUUGAUCGAUGAUUCCGCCGCUAACGACGAGGGAUCCCAAUAA